CGAUCCUCCGUGGGCCGACUUCCUAACCGCACGAACCUCCGAGACGGAGCGUGACGCCCGCCUCGGCGCCUCCGCCCUCCGUCGGCGGCGCACGGGGAGCAUAGAAGGUGUCGUACUCGUACCUCUCGCACACGCCCCCAUCGCCACGCGUGCAACGAAGCUGGCUCCGUCGCCAUGGCCCUGCUGCCGUUGCCCCCCUGUUCCCCGUGCCACCGCCGGGCCGCGCCUUUGCCGGCGCCCACGGUCGCCUCGGCGCGCCACCGCAGGGGGAGCCUGCGCCUCGCUGCAGCCGGUGCCUGCUCCGGACCUACCGCCGCGCGGAAGCCCCGUCCCACCGCCGCCGACAGGAGGAGGUGCGAAUGCUUUGACCUCCAUCGGCGGUUAGUUCCUUACGCGGAGGCUUACUGCUGGCAGAAGUCCAUUGUCGAGAGGAGGAAAAGGUUGAUAGACAGCGGCGAAGACCACUCCGACACCUUGAUUGCUUUGCAACAUCCACCGGUCUACACAUUGGGCACCGACAGCAAGGAGGAAUACCUCCAUUUUGACAAGGAAGAUGCUCCUUUCGAGGUUCAUCGUAUUAAUCGCGGCGGUGAAGUGACGUACCAUGGCCCUGGACAGCUUGUUAUGUACCCGAUUAUGAAUCUGCGGUACCACAAAGAGGAUCUUCACUGGUACUUCAGGUCACUCGAAGAAGUGAUCAUCCGCGCACUUAAAUCCGCCUUCUCUAUAACGGCAGCAAGAGUAGAAGGUCUCACUGGUGUUUGGGUUGGGGACCGUAAAGUUGCGGCGAUAGGGAUCCACGGUUCUCGGAUGAUAGUUUAUCACGGGCUCGCACUAAACAUAACAACUGACCUUGCUCCAUUCAGAAUGAUUGAUCCUUGCGGCAUAAAGGACCGCGGUGUGGGGAGCAUUAAGGAGAUACUACAAAGGGUGUCUGAUGCGGAAGAGAUCGAUGACGCGUCACUGAUGGAUAUAGUGUAUGAUUCCAUGAUCAAGGAGUUUGCGGAACUCUUCCAGCUCAGUCUAGACUUCAGCCCUGGUUGCAGUUUCCAGUGAGAACAACGCUUUUAGCAGACCGUAUGAUGCUGCCGUUGUAUUCUGGACGGAAUGUUAGCUCACGGCCUUUCGUGCUCGGUAUCUCCGUGUCUGCUGCACUCCACCAUGUAUACCACAUCCACCUUUCAGUCGCAGGAUAUCUCUGGAAUCUGUAGCAGUAGAGUCGGGUUCUUCGGUGUCCUCUCUUCAUGGGCUCUGGUGUUUAUAGAGCAUCACUGCUCUCUCUCUCUCUCUCUCUCUCUCUCUCUCUCUCUCUCUCUCUCUCUUGUAUGUAACAGUGUAUACUUACACAUUCUUCCAUCUGAGCAGAUAAUAAUAUCCCAGCCAGCGAUUUUAAA